GCAGCCUGUUACAGGAUACGUAUCUAGAGGCGUAUCAGACAAAGACACAGGCGCCAUCAUUUUAUUUUUAUUUUCAUGCCCAUCACACAAUACUCGCAGAUCCGACCUGGUCUCGCUGUCUCGAUAGUAUUGAAAGCAGAUCAAAAGACCGGUCGUCAGGUCCAAGGCACCGUCUCGCAACUCCUCACCCGUCACAACCACCCUCGAGGGAUCAAAGUGAAACUCACGGACGGUAGAGUCGGUCGUGUCCAACAUCUCCUACCCUCCUCCAACCCCCAAUCUCUUCAGACCCAUACGGCCAGCAGAAUGACCUCGAACAACAAUAACAACAAUCCAUGGCAAGACGCACCCAGCCAGGGUAACCCUUUCACGGCGCAAGAUUCUCCCUCUCAGCAGGGAGCGGCGCAGUCGUACUACAACCAGUCCAAUAAUUCUACUCAGCAGCAGUACCCUCCGCGACCGAACCAGGCCUGGCAGCAGCAAGAACCGUCAUCACAACAGCACCAGCAGCAGCUGUACGGCGCGCAUCAUGGCCUCGCUCAACCCCAGGGCAACGAUCAGCUUUUGGUAGGACAGGGCGAUAGAGCGGAACAAAUUGAGCAUAUGCAGCAGUACGAAGCGAGUGCUCCUCAGAGUCAGGCCGAUCUAGAUCAGGCGCAGUUACAGAAAGAGUUUCCAAACAUCGAUGGGAGUCUAAUUGCUGCAAUAUAUAACGAGCGCCCGGGAAAUCUGGGCGAGGUGCGAGAGCUGUUGCAGGAACUGAACGCGUGAGGCGUAAAUCUUGGACAUGAGAGUGUCAAGAGAGAGACAGAGAAGCGCCGGCUGAUUGAUACCUUGAUACUCCAUAUAACUUGACGACGUUAUGAAAGCAAGUACCGGAGCCUGCUGUAAUGUACUUGUCCGUGUGAGCAUUUCACUCGUACCAGUAACCGCACUGGUGGAUGUACCGUAAAUUCUCGCCCUAGGGAUUUUUUAUGGAACUUCAAAAAGGC